AUGUCAAACCUUGCAAAACUCGAAUUUGUUGCUCUUGAUAUUACUGGAAACAACUAUCUGUCUUGGGUGUUAGAUGCUGAAGUACAUUUAGAUGCAAAGGGACUUGGUGAUACUAUUAAAGAAAACAAUACUGCAACAAGCCAAGAUAAGGCUAAAGCUAUGAUAUUCCUUCGCCAUCACCUUCAUGAAGGCCUUAAGAUUGAGUACUUGACUGUUAAAGACCCACAAGUCCUUUGGAGUAAUCUAAUGGAAAGGUAUGACCACCAGAAAACUGUGAUAUUACCAAAGGCUCGUUAUGACUGGUUACAUUUAAGAUUACAAGACUUUAAGUCUGUGAGUGAAUACAACUCAGCCAUGUUUAGAAUUACAUUACAAUUGAAAUUAUGUGGAGAGAAAAUCACGGAUGUAGAAAUGUUAGAAAAAACAUACUCUACUUUUCAUGCAAAUAAUGUUGUCAUGCAGACACAAUACCGUGAAAAGGGUUUUACAAAAUAUUCUAAAUUUAUAUCUUGUCUCCUUGUGGCUGAGCAAAAUAAUGAACUAUUAAUGAAAAAAUCAUGA